UUUUAGGUCAAAGAACUGGGGUUGGCUCACAAAAGGAGCAUUUUGCCGGGAUGAUCUGGCCCUCGGGGGAUCACGGAUGAUGUCAACCCCCAAAACAAGGCAGACGGCCUGAAUAUGUCAUUCAAAGGCUUACGCAGGAUGGAGACUGAACCUCCUAACCUGAUAGCAGGCAUAGUAUUCGUAUGCCCACAAAUUGUGACUGGGCACAAAGCGACAGAACGAGCUAUCAGAAGCAUAUGCGACAGAUUAUGCGACGCCUUGGUUACUGGAUGGCGCCUCCCAGCAGCUGAAACUCAGACCUUGCUCGCAGUUACUGGCUCGAACUUGCGAACAAGCCCGAGCAUUCGCCCAGCACAAGCUUUCCACGGUGACUUUAUCUUUACAUUCAGCUUUCAACUCGGCUCAACUCUGGCUCAUAGCCAACCCCAGCUCUUCCCCGUGGCGCAAUACCCGCCGAGCUCGCUAGCCUGUAGUUCGUUAUCUUCUAGAGCUACCCCACCCCUCGUCAAGACCCACGCCCGAUAAAUCGCGAUUUUUGUUGCAGAAGGUGUGCUUGCGGAGGAUGGAGUAUCCUAAGGCGGAUG